AAUGUUUGAAAUUUUUUUAUGAAUGCUUUUCUCACUGUUUUUAUUGUUAUUAUUAUUAUUAUUGACUGAUAGAGAUAUCCUAUGUCUGCAACCAAUUGAUCCGAUCAUUAUUGACGGCCCAAUUGGUGGCCGUUGAUAUCAUAUUGUGAUUUUGUCGUACACCACGACCACCAAUCCGUAAUCAUGAAUAAACGGGAGAACAAAGCCGAAAGUCGCCGACACUUUAAACUGAGUCAUCAAAAUGUUUGCAUAACUCAAAUCAAUUUCCAGAAGGAGUCGUAUGUCGGUUUUGUCGAAAUGCAAUUAGUUUCCCAAAGAGAUGAGCUCAAGAAGAUCAAAGUGAAUGCCAAACAAUUACGAAUAUAUCGGGUCUCAAUCCUAUACGCCGACAAUCUUAUCAAAGACUGUCUGUUUACAUACUCUGAUCCCACACUAGACAUCAUCCAAACGGAUACCAAACGAAAUCUGGACGUCUUUUCGAGUACACACUUAACAGUAGCUCAGAGUGUGGAUCCGGAUCGUGGAAAUGGCGAACUGAUUAUCGAAGUACCCGACGAUAUACCGGAAAUUGUUACGGCCGUUAAGGAGCGUACAGUUAUUAGACUACAUAUUGAGUUUUCAGUUGAACGACCACAAGGAGGCGUCCAGUUUGUUGUACCGCAAGGCGAUGGAAGUUUGGCCGAAAGAGGUGCCCAUAUGUUUACCUAUAGAUACGAAAACUCUAACCGUCUAUGGUUUCCGUGUGUCGAUUCCUACAGCGAAGUCUGUACGUGGAGAAUGGACUUUACUGUCGACCUAAACAUGGUUGCCGUCUCGUGUGGCGAUUUGGUCGAAACAGUCUACACUGCGGAUAACAAAAAGAAGACCUAUCACUACAAUCUGUCGACACCUACCUGUGCGCCGAACAUUGCAUUGGCUGUCGGACCGUUCGAGAUAAUGGUCGAUCCAUAUAUGCACGAAGUAACACAUUUUUGUUUACCACAUCUACUGCCACUAUUACGUGAUACUUGUGUCUUCCUUCACGAAGUUUUCGAGUUCUACGAAGAACUACUGUCCAGUCGUUAUCCAUACUCUUGCUAUAAACAAGUGUUUGUCGACGAAGCCUACGAAAACUCCCAGUCGUACGCAACGAUGACUAUAUUUUCGACAAAUCUAUUACAUUCAAGACAUAUCAUCGAUCAGACAUAUCUAUCCCGUCGUAUACUAUCGCACGCUAUUGCCGAACAAUUUUUCGGUUGUUUCAUAACAAUGCAAUCGUGGGCCGACUCGUGGCUUACACGCGGUAUUUCACUGUUUGUGUCCGCACAGUACUAUAAGAAAGCUUUCGGUAACAAUGAAUAUCGAUUUGAUUUGCAAAAACAUUUGCAGGAUAUCAUUAAAUAUGAAGAAAAAUACAGAGGCGUUGUAUUAGAUCCGUCACAAUUGCCUACAAACGAAACCAAUGCCUUCUACUUUGCCAUUAAACACUUGCAUACGAUAUCACCGCUCUAUGAUAAGGCACACAAAAAGAAAAGCUAUUUAGUUAUCCGAAUGCUUGAAAACUAUUUGGGUCGCGAACUACUUCUACAAGUCUUCAACAAACUCUUGUCGCUGGCCAUCAAUGCUGGACCGCAAAAAUUUUCGGCCAAUGUUUGGUUUAAUUUUAUGAUAUCGACAAAUAGUUUUGUUUGGGCCAUAUCUACUGUUACCGGUAAAAAUAUCGAUACCUUUUUGAAUCAAUGGGUCUAUGAAGGCGGUCACGCAAAGUUUCAUUCGUCAUUUGUUUUCAAUCGCAAAAGAAAUGCCAUCGAAUUCGAGAUCAAACAGAUGGACACUCAGGCGACAGGAAUCAAGAGAUAUGUGGGACCACUUUUGGUUACUGUCCAAGAACUGGAUGGAACAUUUAAAUACACGGUUCAAAUUGAAGAUAACAAUGUCAAACAUGAUCUGACCUGUCAUUCAAAAAGUAGACGAAACAAGAAAAAGAAGAUACCGUUGUGUACCGGUGAAGAAGUGGAUAUGGAUUUGUCUGGAAUGGAUCAGGAUUCGCCAGUUUUAUGGCUACGAAUUGAUCCGGAAAUGCAAUUGCUUCGCGAAGUAGUACUGGAACAGCCAGACUAUCAAUGGCAAUAUCAGUUAAGAUAUGAAAGGGAUGUUAUGGCACAAAUAGAUGCACUCAGAAUAUUGGAUAAAUAUAGUAAUCCUCACACACGCAAUGCACUCACAGAUAUUAUAAACAACGAACAGUGCUUCUAUAGAGUCAGAUGUGCGGCAACUCUCUGUCUAAGAAAAGUGGCCAACAAUAUGGCCAGUACUUGGACUGGUCCACCAGCUAUGCUGACAAUAUUUCGAAAGAUUUUCGGAUCUCAUUCGUGUCCACACAUUAUAAAGUUGAAUAACUUUUCAAAAUUUCAACAUUAUUUCCUACAAAAAGCUAUGACGCUAUCGAUGGCUGGACUGCGAAAUAUACUCGGAAUUUGUCCACAAGAAGUACUGAAAUUCUUAAAAGAUUUACUCAAAUACAACGAUAAUAGCAAAAACAAAUUCUCGGAUAACUAUUACAGAGCCUCACUAAUUGAUGCCAUUAGCGAAACUGUUACACCAAUAGUUACGGCUGUAAUUGAUCCGACAGGUAAACAGAUAACACCCGACGCUUUGUCUGCAGAAACCAAAUGGAUAUUAGAAGAGAUAACCCGUUAUCUGAAUUUAGAAAAACUAUUGCCAUGUUAUAAGUAUACCGUUUCCGUUAGUUGUUUGCGUGCAAUUAGACAUCUUCAGCGAAUGGGUCAUUUGCCCAGCAAUUCAAUGUUCUUCAGGGAGUACGCCGUCAGCGGUUUGUUUAUCGAUGUCCGGAAAGCAGCCCUCAAAGCAUUGAUCGACAUAACAAAAGCCGAAAUGAGAAAAGACGACUUAGAUUUUCUAUUGGAUUUAGUCGAAAAUGAAUCCAUUAGUGACAUCAGAUUAUUUAUUUUGAAACAAUUGGUCAAAAAUCCGCCAUUCGAGCGAAACCAACCGAAUAUAUUGAAUACCGAAAAUCUGGUCAAUCGAUUGUGGCGUCUAAUGAAUACGCAAUUAUCGUACAAUUCAAGACUUCGGUGCGCUGUUGUUGAUCUCUAUUACACUCUUUAUGGAAGAGGACGACCUUCUUGUUUGCCGAAACCUGAAUUUUCAGUUGUUCUUAAUCUUAAAGAGAAGAAAGUUAGUACAUCAUUGGUAUCAGAUGACGAUAUAGUUAUGACACAAGAACCACAAAAGGAGACAUUGAAAAAAGAUAUUGAAAUGGAAGAUACGGUAAUGAAAGAACCGGACGAUUCAUUCAAUGAUAUAUCGAUGUCCACCACUACUACUGCUAAUAAUACGCAAAGAACUUUUGAUGAAAUUAUGAACGACACAUCACUUAUUCAUGAUAAUCAUGAAAGAAGUUCUGAAAUCAUUGAUGAAAGUAUAUUAUCGCCGAAAGACGAUGAAGAAGACGUUCCUGAAGAACAAAAGGAAGAACAACCAAUUGUUGAACGAAACGAUGUGGUGUUGGAUGAAGAAGAACCGAAAGCACCGGAAGAGAUGGAUGUGUCGUCAGAAGAGCCGAUUGUACAGCAGGUUCAGCCACAGCUAUCACCACCACAACAACCGGUAGUGGCGCCUAAAGUUGUUACAACAUUGUCUCUGACUAAUAUCACCUCAUUGGCCACCACUGGCCAGGAAUCGAAAGAUAAGGACAAAUCCAAGAAAGACAAAGAGGAUGGCAGUGGAGGUCAUACGUCAAAACCGCACAAAGACAAGAAAAAGAAGAAGAAAAAACAUAAACAUAAGGAACACAAAGAAAAACAUAAACACAAACAUAAAGACAAAGAUAAAGAUAAGGAUAAAGACCGGGAUAGACAUCAUUCGCACGAAAGGACAGGUAGUUCUGGUGGAAGUAAUAACGCCUCUCCUGUUAAACACAUUUAGGAGUUUAUAUAAAAA